GACUCUAUUCGAUUCCUGAGAAUUUUCGCGAGGAAUCCUGACUAUAUCCUGCCGACCAGGGUGGAACGAACCACGAGAUGAUGAACGCCUGCGCGUACCUGGACCAAGUGGUGAACGAGACCCUCCGGUUCUAUCCCAUCGCCACUCGGCUCGAACGGGUAUGCACCAAGGACUGCAUCAUGGAUGGGAUGGAAUUCAAGAAGGGGGAUCUCAUCUGCUUCCCAAUCUACGCUGUUCAUCAUUCGCUUGAAUACUAUCCCGAUCCUGAAGUGUUCGAUCCAGAUCGGUUUUCACCGGAGAAGAAGUCGAAGAUCCCACAAGGAGCCUUUCUUCCGUUUGGAAUUGGCCCCCGGAACUGCAUCGGGAUGAGAUUUGCACUCGAAGAGGGGAAACUGGCACUGUGCCACCUCAUCCAUUCCUUCCGUAUCCUCAAAUGCGCGGAAACACCUGUGCCUCUCAAGUUCACUCCGGGAGUCCUCAUGCUCAUGCCCGACAGGACCAGCCCGAUCAGAGUCAAACUGGAGAGUCGAAUCUGAUGGCGGCGAGACUCCUCGGGAUCACUUGGGCGAUUUUUCAUGUGCUUCCUUGCUUUGCUUCGAGAAAGAUGGUGCAUGCUUUGUCCUGGAAUUUGCGUGAUUUGGAGAAUAAAAUUAUUAUCAUGA